AUGUCAUUUUUGCAUAAACUGUGUCCAUGUCUGGGCUCAAGAGGAUCCAAGGAGAGUGUUCACCCAGUGCAGGAAAAACAAGGCAAUGAAAAAGAGACAAAAAGUGAAAUGAAAAUAGUUGAUGUGCCGGUUGAUGAUAAUCAGGUGGUCAAGGCAGAGCUCACGAUGACAGAUGAACAUUUGGUGGUUGACGAAGACUUCGAUGAGCAUAUUGAUGCACCAAUCUUGGAGUCAUCAAAGGUGGAGCCACCAUUACAACCCACCACCCGCUCAACACAUGGAUCAACAAACGCACUUGACCAAUCCCCCGACGGACCACCCCGCUCCAAAGCAGCCUUUACAGACGACCCAUCUGAACCAAGUAUAGGUGUCCGAGGGCUCCUAAAUCGCUCUCGAAUCAAGAAGGAGACAGUGGAGGUAAUGGACGUUGGGAUUUCUGAUAAGGAGGAUACUCUAGAGAGGAGGGAAGGACAAGCAGAGACUGUAAAGAUGGUGCACCCGUUUGAGGUGGAGGAGCUGUGAGAUUUUAUAAAGAGCAGUCCCGUUAACCGCUGCUUCAAAUACACUUUUCGCGCCAACUUUCGUUCUUGAUCAUACACCCUGACGAACCGAUCCAAUCCUACCACUACUACCGAAUCUUUUGAUGCGCUGAUGCUUGUGAUGGCUCCUGGCGACACUGGGAACUUUCCAACCAGCUUGGCUGUUUUUGUGUGCGGGUCCAGGGUGUAGUCGAGAAGAUGCCCGGUUGUAUCGGAUACAAUGGUUUGGAUGCUGUUUCCGUUUUCGUAAAAACCAAGGCUUUUGAGAGGAGACUCGCCC